CCCAAGAAGGUGAUUCCAAAUGUUUGAUCGAUCAAUCUCACUCUCAUCAUCUUGAAGGCUUCUAAUAGCCAACAAAAAUGAUGUCUUUAGGUUCAAGAAUUCCUUCCAAAUCCUUAUGGAAUCUAGUCUUCCUCCCCGGCGCACUAUCAUCAUCAUCUCGCCAUCUCUCCGGAUUAUCGUCGGAGACAAAAACCCAAAAGCUGGAGAGAAUCACCGACGAGCUUCUCGAUCUCACUAAACUCGAACGACACGAUUACGCCGUUCUAUUCCGUCUCAAAAUGGGUCUCAAUAAUUACGGACCUGCCGUGUCAGGUCUCGGAUCUGGAGCAGGCGGUGGUGGAAGCGCGGCAGCUGCAGAAACUAAGGUUGAAGAGAAGACGACGUUCGAUGUGAAGAUCGAGAAGUUUGAUGCAGCGGCUAAGCUUAAGAUUAUUAAGGAAGUUAGAUCGUUUACUGAUUUGGGUUUGAAGGAUGCUAAAGAUCUGGUGGAGAAAACGCCUGUUGUGGUGAAAAAGGGUGUGACUAAGGAGGAGGCUGAAUCAAUAGCUGCUAAACUUAAGGAUGCUGGUGCAACUGUGGUAUUGGAAUGAUAUGAUGAUAUUAAUAAAUGUGAGCUUUUUAAGCUUCUUUUCUUUUUCAUUUCAUUGAUUAAUAGUGUUAUCAAAUCUUUUGGAGCUAGUUUUUUUUUAUUUUGCUUCUUCAUGACUGACUACAAACUGCAAAAUCUACCAACUUGAUGCAAUUCUUGUGUUUUUCAUUUGAUUG